GUCUGCCAGGCUCUCGAUGAGCACGAUGUCUACGGCUCCCUCCAGCAAUGGGGUGUUUGUUGUCAUCCCACCCAGCAACACCAGUGGCCUCCGCUCGCCCCAAGCCAUCCUGCCCACCUCCCUGUGCCAGCCUCCAGGGAUCAUGCAGUACGAGGAGCAGCCGCUGGGGGCGCAGACACCACGGGUCACCCAGCCACAAGACCUGCGGCCCGGGGAGACAUUCCUGACCGGAGAGCCCAAGGCUUUGGGGACUGUCCAGAUUCUCAUCGGCCUUAUCCACCUGGGCUUCGGUGGCGUGCUGCUCAUGGUCCGCCGCGGCCACUUGGGGAUGCUCUUCAUCGAAGGCGGCGUCCCUUUCUGGGGAGGAGCCUGCUUCAUCAUCUCGGGGUCCCUCUCAGUGGCAGCCGAGAAGAACCACACCAGUUGCCUGGUGAGGAUCAGUCUGGGGACCAACAUUCUCAGCGCCAUGGCGGCCUUUGCAGGGACGGCCAUUCUGCUCAUGGAUUUUGGUGUCACUAACUGGGAUGUAGGCAGGGGCUAUUUGGCCGUGCUUACCAUCUUCACCAUACUGGAGUUCUUCAUUGCAGUCAUUGCCACCCACUUUGGGUGCCAAGCCACUCGCGCCCAAGCUCACCCGGUGACCUGUGAUUUUCCUGCCAAAUGCCUUCAGCACAGACUUCAACAUCUCCAGCCCCGCAGCCUCUCCUCCCCCUGCCUACGAUAAUGUGGCGUAUAUACCCAAGGAGUCUUCAGAGUAGACGGUCGCUCUGGGGGUUGGAGCCCAGCCUCCCUCACUUUCCCAGUCCCCCUUUUCCCUCCCCACGUUCCUCCACCCUCCCCACCCCGCCAUCCCGGGCCCAGCCUCUCCCCACCCUUGCCUUGUUUAUCUGGUGGCAGCCCUCCGCCCCAGUCCUCUCAUGUUGUGGCACCGAGUGGAGUCCCUGGGGAUGUCUGUCCCACACAUUUCCCGCAGUGAUUUAUUUCCUAAAAAAGCUAGUUGAUGUCAAGGGUAUGUGU